AUGCAACUUCGGUGGAUCUCCCUCUUCGUGUUGCUGUCUGCAGCACUAUGCGAGUGCUCGAAGGGCCCUCUUGUGACAGACAAAGUCUACUUUGAUAUUUCUAUCGGGGACAAACCAAUUGGGCGUAUCGUCAUCGGCCUCUUUGGCAAAACUGUACCCAGAACUGUAGAAAAUUUCAAGAAAAUUUCGGAAGGAUUUAAGGUUUGCCUUAACCGCCCUGUCAUAUCUCUCCUCAGGUCGGUGAUGAACUCUUAACGUACAAGAACAGCAUAUUCCAUCGUGUCAUAAAGGACUUUAUGAUCCAAGGGGGCGAUUUUACUAACAGGGACGGAACUGGAGGUUAGGCAUCCGUUUUGUAAUGUGCCCCUUGAAGGUAAGAGCAUAUAUGGUGAAAGAUUCAAUGACGAAAACUUCAAACUUCGGCAUUACGGAGCCGGAUGGCUUUCUAUGGCCAAUGCUGGUGAGUGCCAGACCGUUUAUCUAACGUCGUUCAUAGGUCCUAACACGAAUGGGGCUCAGUUCUUUAUCACCUUGGUUAAGACAAGUUGGCUUGAUGGAAAGCAUGUGGUCUUUGGUAAAGUCCUGGAAGGAAUGGUACUUGUUUGUCCAUAAAAUUAUUUGUCUUUUAGGACGUUGUUAAGACAGUUGGAAGUACCGAAACAAAUUCUAAUGACAGGCCGAAGAAGGACGUUACAAUUACAGACUGUGGUUCACUGCCCGUGGAGAAGGAAUUUAAUAUUGAAUUAGACGAUUAA